AUGGUAUCAAAUGGUAAGGUGGUAACGACUACGUUAAAAGCACGAUACGGAGGCGAUGUGCGUAAAAUGACCAUCCAUCAUAGUGACGAUGUGUCGUACAACGAUCUUGUUUUAAUGAUGCAACGAGUAUUCAAGCUUCAAAGUUCAGUUAACAUAUCGUUGAAAUAUAAGGAUGAAGAUGGUGAUUAUAUAACUUUGGCAAAUGAUACCGAUUUGUUAUUGGCACUUCAAACGGAAACAAAACUUUCCAUAAUCGUUCUAAAUGAUGAAACUGACUUUACGCAAGCAAUGAAACUAGAGAAUCAAUUAGAAGUGAUACGUGAUACAACCAUUUCUGCUUUGGAGACUUUGAAAGCGAUUAAAAUUGGUGUCAAAAGUAAUAAAUGUGAAGUCAUCAGAGAAUGUAUUACUGAUAAGUUAACGAAAAAUAGCGAAUCGGUUGCAACAAUACAGCCCUCUGUCCAUGAACAGGUAAACAACUUAACGUCUUCUUAUGGCGCAUCUCUUUCGGCUAAAAUUGAUUCACCCAGCAAAGACACUCCUCAUAGAAGGCUAAUGGAUGGCAUAUCACUACCGCCAACUGCUCCACUUGAUGUGCAAAAUUCGCAGUCAGUUGGACAUUCAACAUCAUCAAGAGAAGACUCACAUAGUGGACCAAAUACUGAAAUUGAUAUAUCGUCCAGUACUCAUCUCAUAACUUCGUCGUUUCCUUCUGCACAACACGAAGCCGGUGAUCGUAAUCCCCCAGCACUAGCUCCGAAUUCGUUAUUACCUCAAGCUGUACAGUCAGCACCAACAGGUCCAUUGCAAAGUGGGCUACCACCGUUGCCACUUCAAACACAGCUGCCAGCGAUGAAUACAUUCGGUCAGCAGCAGCAGCAACAGCAGCCAAAUGCACCAAUUUCUGCUCCACAGUCAGAAUAUCGCUUUGGUAUGCCUCCCUUAGGCCAAAAUAUGCCAUCUUUUGGUAUCCCAGCUUCACAACCGCAACAACAACAACAGUAUCAGCAACAACCAUUUGGCAAUAUGACAAGCAGUGCUAAUGCACUACCGCAUCCAUCUCAGCAGAUGCCACUACAAGUUCCACCAACUACUAUGCCCAAUUCACUACCACCACCUGCAUCAUCGAUACCGGGUUCUGGUCUGCCGCCGACUUCCGGAUUUGAUGCGCCACCAACUUCUUUCGGUAUACAGAUGCCAUUGGCCAAUGCUAUAAUGCAGUCGCAGCAGAUUCCCUAUUCUGCAAGUCCGGCAACUCUUCAAAAUUUCAGUCCAGCGAUAGCAAGACCAGGUAUGUUGCCGCAGUCGGUAGCUCCUCCUCCAUCCUCAGCUACACCUCUUGGUAGUUUUGGACGCAAUUCACCAGCGACAUCUGUUGCACAUCCCCUCACAGGUCUGCCACCAACAAUGACGUUUGGUGCCGCUGUUCCAGGUGCUCCGAAUCCAUUUGCACGCGGUACACAGUCUUCGCAUCAUAUGCGUUUCCCGUUGCAACCAUCCGGAUAUUGA